AAAUUAAAAAUUCCAUUAUUUUUCAAAUAGUAUUUUUCAGAAAAUUUUUGUUGCUAGGCUAAAAUAAGUCUCAAAUCAGCAAAAUGCCGGCCGUUUCCCGUGGCGAUGGAAUGAGGGGCUUGUCAGUCUUUAUUGCUGAUAUUAGAAACUGUAAAAGCAAGGAAGCAGAGAGUAAAAGAAUAAACAAAGAAUUAGCAAAUAUAAGGUCAAAGUUCAAAGGAGACAAGACAUUGGAUGGAUACAGCAAGAAGAAAUAUGUCUGCAAACUCUUGUUCAUAUUCCUGCUGGGUCAUGACAUUGACUUUGGACAUAUGGAAGCCGUCAACCUUCUCAGUUCAAACAAGUACACUGAGAAGCAGAUUGGUUACCUGUUCAUCUCUGUUCUGGUCAGUUCGAGCUCAGACUUGAUCAAGUUGAUCAUCCAGAACAUCAAGAACGAUAUUUCAUCACCAAACCCAAUCCAUGUUAACCUUGCUCUCCACUGCAUCGCCAACAUCGGAUCCCAAGAUAUGGCCGAAGCCUUUGCUCCUGAAAUCCCGAAACUGCUCGUCUCACCCGACACCAUCAAUAUUGUAAAGCAAUCAGCAGCUUUAUGUCUACUUCGUUUGCUUCGUACUGCACCAAACUGCCUUCCCCCUGGCGAAUGGUCAUCCAGGGUUAUUCAUCUACUCAACGACCAGCACAUGGGAGUUGUUACGGCAGCCAGCAGUUUGAUCCAUGCAUUGGCUCAACAGAAUCCUGAUGACUAUAGAGGCUGCGUAUCAUUGGCCGUGUCUCGCUUCAGCAGGAUUGUUACGUCAACUUAUACUGACUUGCAGGACUACACCUAUUACUUCGUUCCUGCUCCAUGGCUGAGUGUGAAAUUGCUGAGAUUGUUGCAGUGCUAUCCUGUACCACAGGAGCCAGCGAUUCGAGGGAGAUUGGUUGAAUGUCUUGAAACCAUCCUAAAUAAAUGCCAAGAACCUCCCAAGUGCAAGAAGGUUCAACAUUCGAACGCUAAGAACGCAGUUUUGUUUGAGGCAAUCAACCUAAUCAUACAUAUGGACAGUGAACCGAAUCUGCUUGUUCGGGCGUGCAAUCAAUUGGGGUCAUUUUUGCAACAUCGUGAAACAAAUCUCCGCUAUCUAGCACUAGAGAGCAUGUGUUUGCUAGCUGGUUCUGAAUUCUCAGCGGAAGCCGUCAAGAAACACAGAGAGACAGUGAUCAAUGCUUUGAAGACGGAGCGAGAUGUCAGUGUCCGACAGAGAGCGGUCGAUCUUCUUUACGCGAUGUGUGAUAAAACCAAUGCUGAGGAAAUUGUUGCUGAAAUGUUGGCUUAUCUGGAACUUGCUGAUUACGCAAUCAGAGAAGAAAUGGUUCUCAAGGUCGCAAUCCUGGCUGAGAAAUAUGCAUCAGACUAUACGUGGUACGUGGAUACAAUUUUGCAGCUCAUCAAGGUGGCCGGGGAUUAUGUGUCGGAAGAAGUUUGGCAUCGAGUCAUUCAGAUUGUAAUCAAUAGAGAUGAUGCACAGGGGUACGCUGCUAAGACUGUGUUUGAGAACCUGCAAGCACCGGCAUGUCACGAGAACAUGGUCAAAGUAGGCGGAUACAUUCUCGGAGAAUUCGGGAAUCUCAUCGCUGGCGAUCCUCGCUCAUCUCCUCUCGUCCAGUUCAAACUCCUUCAUUCCAAAUUCCAUCUCUGCUCGCCGUCCACCCGCGCUCUCAUAUUGUCCUCCUACAUCAAGUUUAUCAAUCUGUUCCCAGAAAUAAAGAAAACUAUUCAGGAUGUUCUUCGUAAUGACAAUCAACUUCGCAACGCUGAUGUAGAACUCCAGCAGAGGGCGCUGGAGUAUCUGCAAUUGAGUUCGAUUGCUUCACAAGACGUCCUUGCAACAGUUCUUGAAGAAAUGCCGCCGUUCCCUGAAAGAGAAUCAUCAAUCCUGGCAAAAUUGAAGAAAAAGAAACCUGCUUCUGCUAAUGUUCUUGAGAAAGAAGACCGCAAGAAAGAUUCGGCGACUCCAACAAAUGAAAACCACACGGAUAAAACACCUUCACCUACUCCCGCAGUGGUUGCCAAGCCUGCUGAAUCAGUUGACUUGCUUGGCCUCGUCAGUCCAGCACCAGCCCAGACGCAGCAGUCCAGCAGUUCAUUCCUAGUGGAUGUGUUCGGUGGAAGCCCAGAGAACAACCUUCAGCCACCUGUGCUAGAAUCGAAUAUACCAAAUGUUAUCAGUGGGAACUUUCCAGCAGAAGGUCAGGCUACUGCUUUCUCGGAAGCUUUGCAGUUUGUCGACCCUUUUCCAGCCUCUGGCCAAGCUGCUGAUAUUUUCAGCCCUGCUGAAGCUGGCCCUAUAGCUGACUUUGGCUUCAAUCCAGACCUUGGAGUGUCUUUUCCAAUAGCUAGCCUUGCGGAAUCCAACUCAGCUUUGGGUAACCUAGGUUCUGCUGCCGAAACUCUUUUCAGUUCCACUUUAUCUGAUCAGCCUUAUCCACUUGGAGACCCCACUGCUGAUUUCAGCAAGCCUGCUGAUGAUAUUGGAAGCCCAGGCUGCUUACUUGCUGAUUUUUCUGCUGCAACUGAGCAGCCUGAAUUAUUCAUUUCUGGAGCUUCUGCUGUUUCUUCUAUUAGUCUGUCUGGUUUGGAUGAAUUAGCCUCUGAUUUCAGCCAGCCUGCUGCUGAUUUCAUCCAGCCUGCUAAAUUCGGCAAGGCUGAUCUUGUUGAAAAAUUCACUUGCAAACAUAACGGAGUUUUGUUUGAGAAUGAUUUCAUUCAGAUCGGAGUCAAAUCUGAGUAUAGAGAACAUCUUGGUCGUCUUGGUUUAUUCUUCGGAAACAAAACACCGUCCCAGCUGAUGAAUUUCCAAGCUGCUAUUUCAUUGCCGCCUGAAUCACAGGGAAAGAUGAACAUUGUUGUCGGCAAAGACGCCCCGAACGUAGUUGAUGGAGGAGCCCAGGUCCAACAGAUGCUGAAUAUCGAAUGCCUGGAUGACUUCACUGAAUGCCCCAUCAUUACUAUCAACUACAACUAUUCUGGCAACCAACAAACCAUCUCUCUGAAGCUUCCGAUUUUGCUCAACAAAUUCUUCCAACCAGUGGAAAUGGAUUCGCAAAUGUUUUUCUCAAGAUGGAAAGCGCUCGGGAAACCUGAGCAAGAAUGCCAGAAGAUAUUCCAGUCAAAGAAUUCGAUGGACACAGAAGCAUCAAAGGCAAAGCUACUCGGAUUUGGCAUGUCAGUCCUAGGUGGGAUCGAUCCUAACCCUGAUAAUUUUGUGAGCGCUGGAAUCCUGAAGCUGAAAUCUUCACAGAUCGGUUGUUUGUUGAGACUCGAACCAAAUAAACAAGCCCAGAUGUACAGGAUGACUUUGCGAUCCAGCAAUGAGAAUGCCGCCAAGACGUUGAUUGCUUUGUUGGUGGAUCAAUUCUGAUCCCAUUGAUGAAGUCAUGUGAUUUAUGAUUUCAUAAACAAUCAAGAAAUCGACAAUUGUUUUAUUUAUGAGAUCAUAAAUAUGUUUUAUUGUUCUAAUCAUACAUCAUAAUAAUGUAUCGACCAAAUUAUUGUUUUCUGCCAUUGGACCAAUGCUAUUGUGGUGCACUAAAUCGUAUAUCCUAUCUUUUUGAUUUCCCAAGAGUUUUGAUAAUACAGCGCUUAAUUACUUUGAAGUAUUUAAUGAUCAGCUUCUUCUGGCAAUAUGUUGAAGAUAAAUCUGUUGAUAGCUCUCUAACCAACCAACCUACACCUAUGUUACAUUAAAGCCAAACCAGGGCUUUUCAAACUUUCUGUCCCAAUGGUGCCGUGACAAAUUACCUUCACUGUUUGCAACAUAGAACAACCGAUGUAAAUGUGUCAAAAGCAAGACUUGCUUUUAUUUUGAAGAACAGGAGACUGCUUGUGUGGAGAGUCCUCAAAAGGAGGCCUUGGAUCAUGGGCGCCUCUGGUCCAAACCGUUAAUUCCACUGCAACCACCCAUUCACAUUUCAAGCAAAUUUUAUGAUUUGUGAUUUCUACCCUUUUCUCAUAAAUAUGUUUUGCUGUAAAACAUUAAAACAAAAUUUGUAAAACAAACCAAAUACAAAGUAUUAUUUAACACCCUGAAACAACUAAUGGGUAGAAUACGUCCAACAUUGAUAACUGUUCUGAGAUGAAAAAUUCUAAUUAUCUCUGAAAAUAAUAGGCAAAACAGCAUUAUUUGUGCCCUAGUUUCAAGUUUUUUGAGCAGUUAAUCACAUACGGAUUUUCUUGGAAUUAUAUUUCAACUGAUUGUUGUAACGUACAAGGGUAGAGAUGAUUGUCCCAGACUUUGUAAUUUUUCCAUUCCAAAAGGUUGAGCUUUCAAUUCUUGUGCUUUUGUUUUGGCCUCUUUCAGAACUUCCAAAGUUUGUUAUAUAGAAUGUUUUAACCAUGGAUGUGAUCUAUAUGUUCUACCUGUUUGUUUUGAGCAUAUAUAGAGCAGGAAGAUGUAAUUUCUGAUGUUGCUUUCAAAUAUUUACUUGUUUGGGCAUGAUAUCGCAAAGACACAUGUAUAUAUAUAUAUAUAUAUAAGCUAGUUUUUCAACCAUAAUCUUGUCCAGAUGAAAUAUUAAUAAAAAUUCUGAACGUCAGCAUUUGUAUUGAACAACAAUUCUGCUCUGUAUAUCCUGAAUACUCCUGGUGGAAAUCAUGCGCUUUGUAUAUUGUGCAAGCGAAUCAUUUUAUUGAGCCAUUGUGAAAUGUAUUUUAACGUAAAAUGCUUGUCUGUUAGAACAUAGUUCGUGGAAGGUCAACUCUGCUCUCAAGUUUAUGAUUUUCAUUCUAUAAAAAUAUUUAGAUCAUUAUAUAGUAAUAAAUUUAGAAUAUUGUA